UUGAGGAGCAGCGUCUUCCUUGUAGGCUUCGGCUUCCUAGCCGCUUGGCUUCUGCUUUGGCUCCGCGGAAGCGCGGCCCUCCUUGGCCGGAUUCUCCCACUUCCCUCUUCUGGAAGCAGGGAAUCUUUAUUGAACUCUCCAGGAGCUGAUAUCCACUCUUAAAUCUUUUCACCGCUCUCAACUUUGUAAUAAUGGGGGCUGGAAAGCUGCAAGAUUGGCUUUUGUCCUAAACCAUUUGUAGCUAUGAACUUGCCAGAUGAAAGCCAGUGGGAUGAAACUACGUGUCACCUGGCUGUUUGUCAGCAUCCACAAUGCUGGGCAGCUAUCCGCCGGAUUGAGAGGGGCCACCCUCGAAUUCUAAGCUCCUCCUGCAAACCACCUCUGAAUGUUGAAGAAAGACUCCCAAUGCUCACUGUUGUAAACCUCACCGAUUCCUGCUUCGAGGCCAAGAGACUUGCUCACCGUCAUUUGUCAAAAUUUGCAUUCACCAAGGCACGUCCUUUAUCGUCCCAAGGUUCAAAGUUUGACUUGAAAUUUCAAGGCAGGCCUUUGAAGAAUUUAUCUGACAAAGACUUCAUAAACCGUACCGAUAGACCUCCCAAACUGUCAGUGCUGAAUUUGAAUGAGACUCGACUUCCCUGCCUUCAAGGGUUUAGGAAUAUGGAUGUAAUCUGGAUCCCAGAAGAACCAGAGAAAGAGGUGAGCCCGGCUGAGAAGAAACAUAUAGUUUGCAGCCAGAAUGGAAAGAUGGAAAGAAAGAAAUCUGCAGGCAAGGACAGGUCAUCUCGGGUCCACACGGGAACAGGGGUGACGGUGCUUCCUUCGUCCCCAGGACACUUGUUUGAGCAACUCAGUUUAGAAUCCGUACCUUUCUGGAACCACUGUGACAUGUUACCUCAGGAUCUGCUGCAGGACCUCCUGCUGGAUAAAGGGAAAACCAUACCUUUUCCGGAGAUGAAGACACAGUUGGCUGUGAUGAAGAAGAAACCUCCCCUGGAAAAGAGCCGACCUGACAGUGCCAUUUCUGCUAAGAUGUAUUUGUCUGUACACCGCCUCACCCUGCAAAAACCCGCACUGAGAUACCCCGAACAUUUGAGGAAGUUAUAUAAUAACCUGACAACAGAAGGUGGCAGGAAGCAGCAGCGACCGCAACAGAAGAGGGUGAAGACACCUAGUAGGAAGCAGGAGGCCACAAAGAAAUCCAGGAGUGCAGCAGGGAGCCAUAAAACUUCACCUAAACAUUCAGGUCACAGAACGCUACCACGUCGGGAAGGUGACAAAAAGCAGCAGCAGCAGACUAAGACAGAAGGCCCUGCCGUGAAACAGGAUGCCACAAAGAGACCACAGAUGGCCUCCUCUCAGAAAUGCCUGGAUUCCUUCCCCAGUAAGAAAAGUGCUGAAUUACUCAAAAUAGAAUGUACUAGCAAGGACGUCAGGACUCAGGUGGAGGUUUUGCUGGAAACCUCCAAGAGAACCCCAAACAGUGCUUCUAGAAUAGGCUGGCACCCCGAGCUCAAACUGCUGAGGAUUCUUCAGGCCACUGAUGAAGAGGACGAGGAGAACCAACCUUCUGGGACACAGAGUGAAGAGUCCCUGGAGGCGUAGGUGGAAGGCAUCACCGGGCAGGCUCAUUGCAGAGCAGGAUGCUUGGAUCCCGAGGACAGCGACCUUGGCCAUGAGGGCGGGAAGGAGAGGGGACUGCUGCUCUCUGGAGCCUUUACUUGGGCCUGACUUUGGGGAUUCUGUUUCUUCAUUUGCUUCUACAUGCUUCUAAAAUAAGUGAGGGAGAAAAAGCCCUACCCCUUUCUAACUUAGUUUCUCUUCCAUCAGGGCCAGGAUAAUUUUAGUGAUUAAAUACAGCUGCUGCUUCA